UUUCAGAUUGGAGAGACACGCAGUGGCUUCUAAGCCAGUGACCGAAGCUGACAAAGCAUGCUGGUGCCAAUCUGUCAGAUGAUGCUUAUAGCCAGGCCAGUAGUAGUGCUCCUGAGCUUCCUACUCUGUGCUGAUGCUGAAACACCACCAAAAUUUGCAAGAACACCCGUUGACCAGACAGGGGUCUCAGGAGGAGUUGCAUCAUUCAUCUGUCAAGCUUCGGGAGACCCAAGACCAAAAAUUGUCUGGAAUAAAAAGGGCAAGAAAGUCAGCAAUCAGAGAUUUGAGGUAAUAGAAUUUGAUGAUGGAUCUGGAUCAGUUCUCAGAAUACAACCGCUACGUACUCCACGAGAUGAAGCUAUUUAUGAAUGUGUUGCUUCCAACAGUGUUGGAGAAAUAAGUGUGUCUACAAGACUCACUGUGUUGCGUGACACAAGUUUACCAAUAUGGAAAUUUAUCCUGUAUUUCAGUUCUCUGGUGGAAUUAAAAGAUGUUGCUUACCAUACAAGUGCUUUUCCUCUCCAUAAGAUCCAGUGA